AUGCGUGCACUCGCCAGGAGUGUUUCGCAUAGGUGCCGCGUCACCAGCGCGCCCUCGUCGUCGUCGUGGUCCUCCGCGACGCGCGCAGUCUCCGCGACCACCUGGAACGGCACGAACGAUUCUGCGACACCUCUCGGCGACCUUUACGCCGGAUUCGCUCCCACGCGAGGGUUUUGGCAAUCUCCCGUCGCGUCGUUCGCGACGUCCGCCACCGUAUGGGAGGAUGGAGGCGCGUCUGGGUCCACGAUCCGCCCCCAACCCUCCCUCAAACCCGCCAUCUUGGUAUGUACGAGCAAGGUUGUCUCGCCGGAGCAGAGGAAGGACUACGAGGCCUGGCUCACGGAGGGUAAGACCCUGAUCGACGCGGUGCUGAAGGACAAGGACUGUCAGGCGGGACUGUCGGUACCGGCGGGUAGACGGCCGCUGCCCGAGGGAAGGUUCAGCUGGGUGCAUUUUCCAGCCGCGGGUGGCGAGGCCAAGCCCAUUCGGCGCGGGUUGAAAAAGUCGCCGCCGGACUCGUCCGAGAACGAUCGGGAGUCGUUGGAGCACGUGCGUCACAGCGGGGCACCGAACUGCGAGACCGUCGCCGUGGUGUUUCAGCGCCAGGACGACAUGGAGCGGUGGACGCACUCGAACAGACGCGCGGAGUGGCUCAAGCGGGGUGAGCGUUUCAACGGCGGAGACCCGGAUGGCGCGCUGAGGGCUCGGGCGAAUGUCAUCAUGGACGACGGGUCCCUCGGGGGUUGGCUCCCCGCGACACCGACGGGUGACUCAAAUCACGCGCCGGCGGUUCCGUCGUGGAAGGUGUACGCGGCGGUGGUGCUGGCGCAGUACCCCAUCUACGAGCUUAACAUGUUGUUGCUGCUUCCGGGGUUGGAAGCAGCGGGUGAACCUGCGGCUUGGUUCACCGGUGCCACGCAGCCCGCGCGCGGUGCGGUGGUCCAGGCUUGGUCGUCGGCGAUGGCGGUGUUUGGGACGUUGCCGUUGACGCAGAGGCUGCUCCGAUGGUACGGAUUCAUGGGCGCCAAGGGUGUCGAGGGGGGAGGGACCGCGUUUGGCACAGCCGCGACGGCGGCGACGGCGGCGGCUUCGGUUGGAGGAUUCUACCUCGCGCAGCCGCACAUAAACGCAAUCGUCGAGGCAAUAUCCGGCGGCGGUUGA